UAAUAACGUAACGUUGAUUGUAAACUGUCGUAAAAGCCGGUUGGCUAGAAAGUCACGUGGGCAGAAAAAAGAAUGGGCGUAAUUUAAAGGCAUUCACUUAUGAUUACUGUUAUAUCACUGAAAACGCUGAAACUGAGGCAUAUUGUCAUACUUUUGGCAAUGGAUCGCUGGAGAGGAAGAGUGGCUCUUGUUACCGGGGCAUCAGUUGGAAUCGGGGCGGCUAUUGCAAAGGUUCUCGUCCAACAUGGCAUGAAAGUUAUCGGUUGUGCAAGGAACGUCGAGAAAUUAGAGAAACUAGCUGCUGAAUGUCGGAGUGCCGGGCACAAUGGCACCAUGAUCCCCUAUAGGUGUGACUUGUCCAAAGAGGGGGAAAUCCUGUCCAUGUUCUCUGCCAUCAAAACCCUUCAUCAGGGGCUGGAUGUGUGCAUCAACAAUGCUGGCUUGGCUCAUCCAGAGUCCCUACUGAAUGGCAAAACGGAUGGUUGGAGAGAUAUGAUAGAUGUGAAUAUCAUUGCGCUGUCUGUCUGCACUCGUGAGGCCUAUCAGUCUAUGAAGGAGAGACAGGUGGAUGAUGGACAUAUAAUAAACAUUAACAGCAUGAGCGGUCAUCGUGUGGUGACCAAUCCAGAUGUGCACUUCUACAGUGCCACUAAGUAUGCUGUGACUGCCCUGACUGAGGGCCUGCGGCAGGAACUCCGAGAGGCUGGCUCUCACAUCCGGGUUACAAGUAUAUCUCCUGGAUUAGUUGAAACAGAGUUUGCUUUUCGGCUCCACAGUCUAAGCCCAGAGAAAGCUGCUGCCACGUAUGGAAGCUUAAAGUGUUUGGAAGCAGUUGACAUUGCCAAUGCCCUUAUCUAUGUCUUAAGUGCACCUUCACACGUGCAGAUUGGAGACGUCCAAUUGCGACCGACUGAGCAGGUGUCAUAGUGGUUUUGUGGGAGGAAUAUGACGCCCUUCUGAAUUGUGUUUGGUCCAAACUUUGGAACGGAAAUACAUCAAUGAUGAAUUUAAUGAAACGUAAUAUUGUCUUUCAAUAAAUGUUGUCCAGAUACAUUUUA